UGCUGCUUCUAUCAUCUAAGGUUGCGAUACAAAAGAAAAAAUAAAGCCCUAAUCGAGAUAGAUCGGCCGGAGCAAGGAAGAACACCGAUCCCGACUAUUACUUAUUAACCGAUCAAUUAAAUUGCUGUCCAAACUUCGCCGCCUCAGCCCUAGUGUUGCAAUAAUAAGCAAAUAUGAGCGGUGGUAGAAAAGGUCCGCCGGUUCACGCGAAUAAAUUUGCUUGGAAACCUCACGCCGGCGUCAAGAUAAACGAAACUGAGGUCGGAGGAAGGUUCAGACCUUUUUCGGAGAUAACAGGAGUCUGCUUCCGUUGCAAAGAACAGAUUGAUUGGAAGCGCAAAUACGGCAAAUACAAAGUCCUCAAAGAACCAACCAAAUGUCAACGAUGUACAAAGCGAGCUGUCCGUCAAGCUUAUCACAAUCUUUGCCAUGCUUGUGCCAAGGAGCAUAAGGUGUGUGCUAAGUGUUGUAUCCAAGUUGGUAAAAUUAUUGGAAGAGACGUGACAGAAGUAGAGGCUGAACAAAAGUUACUUGAUGAGGGAAUUAAGAAUGCUCGGGAGAGGGAUCGAAGGACCCUUAUUCGCCAGAUGAACAAAGGAAAAUUGGCCAAGAAUUCUGCUGUUACAGCUGAGGUUAGUGAAUCACUUGCUGCUGCAUCAUUGGAGGAAAACGCAGAAGAUGAUGACGAAAUCAGUAGUGAAGAUGAUGAUGAAGACCAGAUUUCCUUAAAACAUAUGGACAAAGGAAAAAUGCCCCAGACUUCUGCUGUUACAGCUGAGACCAGUGAGGUUAGUGAAUCGUUACCUGCUGCUGCAUCAUUGGAGGAAAACGCAGAAGAUGAUGACGAGUUCGGUAGUGAAGAUGAUGAUGAAGACCAGAUUUCGGACUGAAGUGUAUGUAUAAUUACAAGUUCCAUCCUUACAAAAGAGGCAAGAUUAGUUACCUGAGUUGGGAUUUUUUGACAUAUUAUUAUUAUCAUAAAUGUUAAGACAUUUUGUUUUGAUGAUUUACAUAUUUUGCUGUAAUCAGUGGUUGAAUUGGAUUGAAUUAAAUGUGACAGAAAAUUCAUAGUUGAUUUUGUUGCA